AGCCGUGGCGGCGUGGCUCGGGCCAUGGCGGCAGCAGCAGCAGCAGCAGCGCGGUGUUUGCGGGGCGCCCGGAGCCUCCUGCCCGCGGGCAUACGGAGGGAGAGCUGCGAGCUGGCCCGGCUGGCGGGGCCCGUGGUUAUCAACGUGACAGGCAUUUCCAUCGGUUCUGGUUUAGCCUCAGCAUGUGACACACUGAUGUCCCAGACAUAUGGUGGCAAGAACCUGAAGCAGGUGGGCACCAUCCUGCAGAGGGGUAUCCUCAUCCUGCUGCUGUGCUGCUUCCCUUGCUGGGCGCUCUUCGUCAACACCGAGCAGAUCCUCCUGCUCCUCCGACAGGACCCUGAGGUCGCCAGGUUAACUCAGGUCUACGUGAUGAUCUUUAUUCCAGCACUUCCUGCGGCGUUUCUGUACCAGCUGCAGACAAGAUAUUUACUAAGUCAGGCCAUCAUUUUGCCUCAGGUGCUGACAGGGAUUGCAGCCAACCUCCUCAAUGUGGUCAUGAAUGCCUUCUUCCUGUAUGCACUGAACCUGGGCUUGGUGGGCUCUGCCUGGGCUAACACUGUUUCUCAGUACUCCCAGGCCAUUCUCCUCUUCCUUUACGUGUGGUGGAAGAAGAUUUAUGUGGAGACCUGGGGAGGUUGGUCCAAGGACUGUCUCUUGGACUGGGGUUCCUUUACCUGGCUGGCGGUGCCCAGCAUGCUCAUGAUGUGUAUUGAAUGGUGGACCUUUGAGAUUGGAAGCUUCUUGGCAGGUCUGCUCAGUGUGGUGGAGCUGGGUGCACAGUCUGUCAUCUAUGUGCUCUCCUCUGCAGCAUACAUGGUGCCUCUGGGGUUCAGCGUGGCUGCGAGCGUCAGAGUGGGCAAUGCCUUGGGAUCAGGGGAUGUGAUGCAAGCCAAGACCUCAUGCGUCACUGCCCUGCUGUGCACAGAAGUUUUUGCUGUGGUGGUUGCAACAUUGCUGGGAACCCUGAAGGAUGUGGUGGGAUACAUCUUCACCAAUGACAAGGAGAUCGUUAUCUUGGUGUCCAAAGUGAUGAUCAUCUUUGCUCCGUUCCACUUGUUUGAUGCAGCAGCAGCAACGUGUGGCGGCGUGCUGCGGGGCACAGGGAAGCAGAAGCUGGGUGCUAUUGCCAACGCUGUCGGCUAUUACACCAUAGGCCUGCCCAUCGGCAUCUCCCUGAUGUUUGCAGCUAAGAUGGGGGUGUUAGGUCUGUGGGUGGGAAUGAUCAUCUGCAUCUCUUUGCAAGCCCUUUCCUUCUCCACUUUUGUCAUGCGCAUGGAUUGGAAGAAAGCUGCAGAAGAGGCUCAAGUCCGAGCUGGACUGAAAAAACAACUGGAAGAUGUGAACUCCAAUGGCACAGCUGCUAACAAAACAUCUGCUGUGGGUAUGUAACCGGGCCUGACUACAGGGAGGGAGCCCGAAUUCUCCGCACAGCCCUUUCUUUCCUUCACAGUGUGUCUGUCCUGCAAGCCUAGCUGCCUGGUGCUUGUCCCAGGCCAGUGGCACUUCCCCUGCACUUUGUAAUGGGGUACAAAACACCCUGUUACCACCCUGGCUGCUCCAGGGAAGAGCCUGGACUGCCAGCCACAUUGCUGUGGCAUGUCCCAGUGUCCGUGAGCCUUGGGAAAGGAUACUGUCCCUAGUGCUUGUGCAGCAUCAGACAGGGAUGUCCUCACUUUGCAGCUCAGCUUUCCUACAACACUCACCUUUCUGUUACACAGACCACAUCUCCACUGACACGGAUGACAUGGACACUGUGGUCCUGCCUGAGAGCAUCACUGAAGGCGAGAGCCAGCCUGAGCACCAGCUCACCACGCAGGAGGAGCCUGCUGCUGUCCCUGCUUCUCCCGAGGUGGUGUGGAGGACUCUGAUCAUCCACUGCAUGCUGGCUGCUGCCACUGCUGUCGCUGUCCUGCUGGUGGGCAUCCUGGUCCGGCUCCUGACCAGCAAUGGAUAGAACCAGGGACACUGGGGAGCUGUACACAGAGCAGGAGGGCAUGUGAUGAUGUCCCAGGAGAAUGGUGCAGGGGGAGGAAUUCCUUGUAAAGAGUCACGUUGCUCAGUUUCUGGUUAACUCACAAUGUUUUAUCCCACGUGCAGAGUUCUUUUAAAGGGGGUGAGGAUGCAGCACCUGGGAAGAAAGUGCUUGAGAGCUGGUUCCUCUCCUGCACUGCACUGCAUUAGGGUGUCACUUGUGAUAGGCAGGAAUGUACCCUGGGGCUGGCUGGGGAAGGAGACAGGGACCUUGUGCUGCUAUCCUGUUUUCUGCUCCCUGGAGCCAUUUGUCCAUGUCCCUUGCUAGUGGCAGAGGCUCUUGCUGCCUAUAGCAGGUUUCCUCGUGCACCAGUUUGUGCCAGUAUCUGGGCAUGGCAGAGCCCACUUGUUGAAGCAGCACGGGGAAAGGCCCGUACUGUUGGAACGUGGUUCACUGCUCUGACUGCUGCUGGGGCGUUGGGUGCUGGCUGCUGGCCCUGCUCUCCCUGCUGUGUGGCAGGCACAGGGCCUAAAGCAACUCCUCUUUGCACUUUUGUAAGGUGGGCUUUUGAUACAGUAAAGUUUUCUGAGUAAACAUUGGGCUGUUA